CCCGGAGACGUCAACCUCUGCCUUGUUCCUUACCGGCCCCCGAAUCGCGAGCGAGGCGAGAGUUCCUCUCCUCCGUCCCGCGCCCGUUUGCUCGUCGAUCGAUCGGUUGUUGCCUGCCGGCCGCGAGCACGAGGAGCGGCUAGCCAGACGGACGUGUCGUCUUGGCAGGUGCAGCAAGCGCGGAGCUCGAUCGCCGCCAUGUCUUUCACCGGCACGCAGGACAAGUGCAAAACCUGCGACAAGACGGUCCACUUCAUCGACCUCCUCACCGCCGACGGCGUCUCGUACCACAAGACAUGCUUCAAGUGCAGCCACUGCAAGGGCACACUCUCGAUUAGCAGCUACUCUUCCAUGGACGGUGUCCUGUACUGCAAGACGCACUUUGAACAGCUCUUCAAGGAGACAGGGACCUUCUCCAAGAAAUUUCAAGGUGGAGCAUCUUCAACCAAGACCGACCAGGCAAAGGCUCCGAGCAAGCUAUCAUCUGCAUUCUCUGGAACUCAAGAUAAAUGCGCAGCCUGCCAGAAAACCGUGUAUCCAUUGGAGAAGAUGACGUUGGAAGGCGAGUCUUACCACAAGAGCUGCUUCAAGUGCUCGCACGGGGGCUGCAUCCUGACAACCUCCUCCUACGCCGCGCUCAAUGGGAUCCUCUACUGCAAGAUCCACUUCUCGCAGCUGUUCAAGGAGAAGGGCAGCUACAACCACCUCAUCCAGACGGCGCAGACCAAGAAGAACGAGGCUGCGGAGGCCGCACCGGAGGCACCGGCGGAUGCAGGCGCGGCUGAGCCAGAAGCAGCGUAGAUAGCAGCAAACGCAAAGAAAAAUAGAGCCGUGUGUGUGUGUGUGUGUGUGUGUCUAUCUCCUAUAUAUACGAACUCUGCAUUCAGUAAGUAGUUGUCACAAAUAUAUGUUGUUGUUGUUAUGUUUACCUUGCUCUGGCUUAUUCUGUAUUAUGAGGCUCUGGAUUCAUGACGAUGAAAUGAGAAUAUGGGUGUUAACAUUAUUUUGCUUCA